AUGGCUACCACAAACAAAUCACGAUUUCCACUUGUGUUGUUGCUUGGAAUUAUAUUCCUGGCCUCCGUCUGUGUCACUUGUGCCAACUACGAUGAAGGUUCAGAGCCUAGGGUACCGGGAAAAAGAGAGGAGGAAGAAGGUUCAUCAAAGUCACAACAAAGAAGAAACCCCUUUCUCUUCAAGUCUAACAAGUUUGUCACACUCUUCCAAAACAAAAACGGCUACAUUCGUCGCCUUCAAAGAUUCGACACACGUUCAGACUUAUUUGAAAAUCUUCAAAACUACCGCCUUGUGGAGUAUAGAGCCAAACCCCACACCAUAUUCCUCCCUCAGCACAUAGAUGCUGACUUAAUCCUUGUAGUCUUCAGCGGGAAAGCGAUAUUGACAGUGUUGAGUCCCAAUGAUAGAAAUUCGUAUGACCUUGAGCGUGGUGAUACCAUCAAAAUUCCCGCAGGAACAACAUCUUAUCUAGUUAACCAAGAUGAUGAACAAGAUCUUCGAGUGGUGGAUCUUGCAAUACCCGUGAAUAGAGCUGGUAAAUUUGAGGCUUUUGACCUAUCUCGAAAUAAAAACCAAUAUUUACGAGCAUUCAGCAAGAAUAUUUUAGAGGCCUCCUUAAAUACAAAAUAUGAGACCAUAGAGAAGGUUCUCUUAGAAGAAAGGAGACAACAAGGGAAAGAAACAAACGCAAUAGUCAAAUUGUUGUUUGAGAUUACCCCGGAGAAAAAAUACCCACAACUUCAAGAUUUAGAUAUAUUUGUUAGUUUCUCGGAGAUUUCCGAGGGAGCUCUAUUGUUGCCACACUAUAAUUCAAGGGCCAUAGUUGUACUAGUCCUUAAUGAAGGACAAGGAAAUCUCGAACUUGUGGGUUUCAAAAAUGAACAACAAGAACAAAGUCUAAAAGAGGAUGAACAAGAAGAAAGAAACAAGCAAGUGCAGAGGUACGAAGCUAGACUGUCUCCAGGUGACGUUGUUGUCAUUCCAGCAGGUCACCCAUUUGCCGUUAGUGCUUUGUCAAAUUUGACUUUGUUUGGAUUUGGUAUCAAUGCUGAGAACAAUCAGAGAAACUUUCUUGCAGGUUCGGACGACAAUGUGAUAAGCCAAAUAGAAAAUCCAGUAAAAGAGCUUACAUUUCCUGGAUCUGCUCAAGAGGUAAAUAGACUAUUAAAGAACCAAAAACGAUCUCACUUUGCAAACGCUGAACCUGAGCAAAAGGAGGAAGAAAGCCAAAGAAAAAGGAGUCCUUUGUCUUCAAUUCUUACACUUUUUACUGAGUAA